AUGGUACCUUUUACUGAGGUAGGCACCUGAUUGACAAAAUUUCAUAAACAUUGCUCAAGUCGCAGCGGCAAGCUUUAGGAAAAGAGAGCCAGGCGAAACUUAGUUCCAAUAUGAACACUCCGCGAUAAUAAAUACACAUACAGACUAAAUCAACGAAAAGGGGGGUAAAGAAAUAAUGUGGUGGUCUCCCUAAGCACGUGAGAUUACGAAUACCUUCCCCUUAUGAGCUCACCUCCUUCGUCCAAUAAUAUGUAUAGUUCUAGGGAUUAGAUGGCGUGAUAUUGUUAGUCGCUCCUCACCUCAUGUAGAUUUGUAUCUAUUCCGUAUCCCGUUGAUGCUCAUUUUGUUAGAUCGUCCGCCGUCGGACGUCUCCCUUGUAUUUGUAAUUUUCCCAGCUGUAACCUAAUUGACAUCACAUCAUCACCCCCGCUUGGGGGUCGGCUCUUAGUUAAAUAGGAUUGGCAGACCCGGCAAUUGACCUCGUCGCAGUCCAUCCAGUGAAGCAUUUAGAUUCGUUCGUAGAUGGCUUUAAGGCGCAAAUAAUCAUCACAACACAUUAAUCAAAAUCCAAAAGUCGCCAUGGCAAGUCCGAUCAAGAAUGUGGUCGUCGUUGGGGCGUCGGGUAAUGUUGGAAAGGAAGUUGCCCGGGAACUCGUCAAGGCCGGGUUCAACGUGACCGCGUUCAGCCGCGAAGGCUCGACGGCUACGUUUCCAGAGAACGUGGCGGUGAAGAAGGUCGAUUAUGAAUCCGUCGAGUCGCUAACCUCCUCGCUCGAGGGACAGGAUGCGGUGGUAUCUACCAUCGCGACCGUGGCUAUCGGCAGCCAGAAGAGGUUGAUUGACGCCGCGGUAGCCGCCAAGGUAAAGAGAUAUAUCUCGUCGGAGUUUGGCGUCAACUCGAGAGUCCUCGGUGACGCUCCGAUCGGGAAGAUUCUCCGAGGCAAAGUCGAGGUCCUCGACUACGCCAUUGAAAAGUCCAAAGAGAACCCGUGGUUCACGUGGAACGGCGUGUCGAGCGGGUUAUUUUUCGACUGGGGACUUCGGGUAGGGUCAGUUGGAUUCAACAAAGACACGAAGACCGCGAUUAUCUACGAUUCCGGCAACGAGCCCUUCCAGGCCUCGAACCUCGACUUCAUCGGCAGGGCCAUUGCCGCUAUUCUUUCGCAGCCGGAGAAGACGGCUAACCAGUACCUCUCCAUCGCGUCGUUUAACCCCUCCCAGAACCAGAUUUUGAAAUUCGUAGAAGAGGAAACUGGCGAGAAAUGGAAGGUAGAGCACGCUAGCACCGACGAGCAGGAAAAGAUCGGGCUGGAGAAGCUAAGCAAGGGAGACUUCAGUGCUUUCUCUAACUUUCUGCGGAAGCACAUCUUUACGGAUGGGGCCGGCCGCGCGGUCAAGGGAGAAGGCAGCGCGAACGGAUUACUCGGCCUUCAAGAAGACGAUCUAGCUACUACCUUGAGAGAGUGGUUACGUACCUAGGUAGGUAGGCAGUUGAGCGAGUGACGACAGAUUGGCGUGUUGAAUAUUUGGCAUCCUAGUAUCAACUACUUUUAACUACUAUUAACAAUGACCUGGAUCUUGGAAAACAGCACCCAUCACUCGCACGUAUGCAUGUUCAAC